AUGUUGCAGCAAGGUCAAAGCAUGAUGUUCGCCAGCGACGAACGGUCAAAGACGUACAACGACCACAGCAAUAGCGAGAGGUACGCAAGGCACAAUAACGCAAAUCCUAAGAAGAGCCUCAAGCUUUCGUUGCCUACCCCACCUUCGCCCAACGAGAUCCUUGACCAGAGUAUCGGGAACGAUGCGGACGACAUCGACAGCGGUGAGGCAGAGGGAUGGUUUUGGUACCUGGGCAAACGCGUGCGUGUGCGCAAACCGGGGAAGGAGUAUUUCGUGGAGAAGGAUGUGGACGACCUAGGUGUGUGGACUAAUCUUUACAUUUAUUGCUUUUGGUUUGGGGUCGCUGGUUUUGAGAUUAUGUCCGCGGUGGGCGAAUCUAUGCGGUCAUGGUUUAUUGUUCUUUUGGGUGGCCAUGUUGAGUUCCAAAUUGGAACGAGCGGGAGAAAGUCCCUCUAUUCUUCUCAAUUGGAUGCUCAUUCCGCUGUUAUUGUUUCGAAUUCAAUGGUCGUAGUCCCCGUAUAUUUACGAGGAUCAUGA